AUGGGCUUUUUAAGAGAUACCUUAUUAUCUCAACCAGAAUCUUAUCAUAAGAAGAAGAAUUAUUUAUUUGGUGAAGUCUUAGGUGAAGGUGCUUUUGGAAAAGUCAUUAGAGCUGAAUGGCAGUGUCAUCCAGCUGGCAAACAAGACGUCGCAAUGAAAGUUAUCUCAAAGAAGAAAGCUCAAGGAAAUGAGAAAGCUAUAUUCGAUGAAAUGGACGUUCUCAAGAAUUUAGACCACCCAAAUAUUGUCAAGUUCUACGAAUGGUUCGAAUCAAGGGACAAUUACUACCUUUCUUUUGAAUUAGCUACAGGUGGUGAGUUAUUCGAUCGCAUCGCACGCAAAGGUAGAUUCAGCGAGAAAGACGCUGCUACUGUCAUUAAAUCUGCAGUCGAUGCCAUCGCUUAUAUGCAUUCUAAUGGCAUCGUUCAUCGUGACAUAAAGCCUGAAAAUAUUCUCUAUAAAACCAAAGAUGAUUCCCAAAUCGUAAUCGCUGAUUUCGGUAUUUCUCAGAGAUUAGAUAAUGACAACGCUCAAAUAACAUCACUUGCUGGUUCAGUCGGAUACGCUGCUCCGGAGAUACUCAAUAGUCAAGCUCAUAGUAAACCUGUUGAUAUUUGGGCUAUCGGCGUCGUUACCUAUGUCUUAUUAUGUGGUUAUUCUCCUUUCCGCUCUGAAGAACUCAAAGAAUUAAUCGAGGAAACUAACAGAGGUAAAAUAGAGUUUCAUGAUAGAUAUUGGUCUAAGGUUAGCGAUCAUGCAAAGGAUUUCGUGAAAGCACUUUUACAGCCAGAUCCUUCAAAACGUCCAACUGCUGCAGAGUUACUAAAUCAUCAAUGGUUCAAAGAUCAAAACUUAUCCGAUCAAGAUGUCGGUCAAGGAUUGCGAGACGCAUUUAACAGCCGUGAAAAGUGGAGAAGUGCAAUAAAAGCUGUGACUGCCGUUUCUAGGUUUGGAAAAUUAGGUCAAGAGGCUGCAAAUGCAAGAUCUAAUACACCUAAGGAUGACGGUUAUGAAAAUUUCAAGAAGUUUGACUUCAACUCUAAUCGUUCUUUAGGGUCUUCAGUUGCAGCUAAUGCAGCUAAUUCUAGACCAGCAAACGAAGUGGAUGAAUCAAAUGUAUCAGAGUACGAGAGCGCUAACGAAGAGUUUGUUUAG